GUCAUUCGCAUUGAAGCUCAGCGUCUCUUGGAGUAAGCACGCCAUUUUGGCGCACCAAGGAGUACGCGUCGGGACUUUUAUUUUGAAAAUGAAAUAGUAGCGUCAACCGGAAGUUCCUAUCUUCAAUUUGGGUAGCGUUUAGCUUUGCACUCCUCCGUUGGGGAGUUCUCUUGCGUUGUAAGGCUUUUAGGACCUGCACAGUCGUCCAACACUGAAUGUUUAUAUGAUUUCAGCGAUCUGACCAUUACUUUGUCUUUUAAUCAAAGCCUGACAGAAGAAAUGUCUGGUAUGGGAGGAGGAAAGAGGACAGCCGGACUUGGAGGGGACAGCCCCCCUGGACCGGUGGAAAAGAAGGGGAAAAAAGAAGAGAAAACCACCACCACGUUGAUUGAACCUAUUCGCAUAGGUGGUGUGUCCUCUACGGAGGAGAUGGACAUGAAAGUGUUGCAGUUUAAAAACAAAAAGCUGUGUGAGCGCCUGGAGCAAAGGCAGGCCAUGGAAGAUGAACUGCGUGAGCGCAUCGAGAAGCUGGAGAAGCGGCAGGCCACUGACGAUGCCACCCUGCUCAUCGUCAACCGCUACUGGAGCCAGUUGGAUGAAAGCGGCCAGGUCAUGCUCCACCGCUACGAUACAGAGGUGAAGGCAGAGCCUGCUCCUGUCCCGAGUCCAGAGAAAAUGGAGAGUGAAGAGGUCCAGGAAAAGCUUCUGGAGGAGGAAGAGGAGCAGCGGCCCGAGGAAUCCAGCAAGGAGCCUGAGGUGCUGGCAGCUUGUGGUGGUGACCACGCGUGCCCACCCACCCCCCUCAGUGACAAGGCCAAGAACUUCCUGUGCGCUCUCGGCAGCAGCAGUGAAGAGGAGGUCAGCCUGCAGCUGCAGGAUCGCAUGCAAUUCAGCAAGGAGGCCGUGGCCCGCAUGGUCUGCGCUUUCGACCGGCUGCACCAGCGCAUCGAGAGCCUGUGUGCCCGGGUGCAGGCUGCAGUGUGUGAGGAUGAUCAUCAGAGGGAUGUCCUGACUCUGAGCCGUACCCUACUGCAAGAAAACAGCCAGUUACAAGACUUGGCCUCUUCCCUGCAGGGGAGACACCAUCGUAUGUCCCUGGAGUAUAAUGAACUGGUGGACAAGGUGACAAGCUCAGAGACCAAGGUGUCAGAGAUGGAGACGGCCGUGGAGGACUUGCAGUGGGAUAUAGAAAAACUUCGAAAGAGAGAGCAGAAGCUCAACAAGCACUUGGCUGAAGCUCUGGAGCAGCUGAACUCUGGAUACAGCUACUCCGGGAGCUCAAGAGGACUUCCAGGUGGACAGAUAACGCUCAACAUUCAGAAGUUUGAGCUCUUGAAUGCAGAGCUUGAACAAAACCAGGAACUAGCUAACAACCGUAUGGCAGAGCUGGAGAAACUCCAGCAGGAGCUGCAGGAGGCCGUCAGAGAAAGCGAAAAACUCAAGAUGGACCUGCGGAACAUCCCAGAGGAGGUGGUCAAGGAGACCCCAGAGUAUAAGUGCCUCCAGUCGCAGUUCUCGCUGCUCUACAACGAGUCCCUGGGGGUGAAAACGCAGCUGGAUGAGGCCCGGGCCCUGCUGCUGACUGCCAAGAACGCACACCUGCGACAGAUAGAGCACAUGGAGAGUGAUGAGCUCUCCCUGCAGAAGAAGCUGCGUACCGAGGUCAUCCAGCUGGAGGACACGUUGGCCCAGGUCCGCAAGGAGUACGAGAUGCUCAGGAUUGAAUUUGAGCAGAACCUAGCAGCCAAUGAGCAAGCAGGACCGAUCAACAGAGAGAUGCGGCACCUCAUCAGCAGCCUUCAGAACCAUAACCACCAGCUGAAGGGAGACCUGCAGCGCUACAAGAGAAAGCUUCGGGAAACCCAGGCCGAGAUCAACAAGGUCUGCAGCCUUACCUGUGGUCCUGUCCCAGCAUGCAUUUCUGUUGUUUUGUUUAUAUACUGUGUGUGUCUCCUGUUUCGAACCCUGUUGGUGAUAUGUAAUCCCUGUCUGUCUGUACAGCUGCGCUGUCAGAGUGGGGAGGUGGGAGUCUUAGUUUUGGAAGAUGCCGGGAAUGACGGAGGGGUGGAUGUGAAGAAAGAGGAGGAUGACGAACAGGAGGAGGAAGAGGAGCGGAGGAGAGAGCUAGAGAGGCAGCGAGCCCGGGAGAGGGAGAGGGAGGCAGAAAGGGAGCGAGAACGUGAACGGGAGCAGAGGGAGAAGCUGAGGAGCGAGGAGCUGAAGAGGAAGGACUGCGACACGCUGAAGAUGCUCAGGGCCGAGCUCAAGAAAGCCCAGGAAUCCCAGAAAGAGAUGAAGCUUUUACUGGACAUGUACAAAUCAGCCCCAAAAGAGCAGAGAGACAAAGUGCAGCUCAUGGCAGCUGAGCGCAAGUCCAAAGCUGAGGUGGAGGAGCUGAGGGUACGAGUGCGAGAGCUUGAAGAAAGAGAAAGGAAAGAGAGCAAGAAGCUGGCCGACGAGGAUGUUCUGAGGAAGAUCCGUGUGGCUGAGGAAACCAUUGAGCAUUUGCAGAAGAAACUUAUAGCAACAAAACAGGAGGAGGAAGCUUUGCUUAGCGAGAUGGACGUCACAGGUCAGGCUUUUGAGGACAUGCAGGAGCAGAACAGCCGACUGAUGCAGCAACUGAGAGAGAAGGAUGAUGCCAACUUCAAGCUGAUGAGCGAGCGCAUCAAGUCCAACCAGAUAUACAAGCUGCUGAGGGAGGAGAAGGAGGAGCUGGCCGACCAAGUGCUGACGCUGAAGACGCAGGUUGACGCGCAGUUGCUGGUGGUGCAGAAGCUGGAGGAGAAGGAGGGGGUGCUUCAGAGCUCUCUGGCUACUCUGGAGAAGGAGCUUGGUAUCCGCACGCAGGCACUGGAGCUCAACAAGAGGAAGGCUGUGGAAGCGGCCCAGCUUGCUGAAGAUCUGAAGGUGCAGUUGGAUCACACUCAAGCCAAAAUGCGGGAGAUCCAGGCCUCCGUCUCUGACAACCGCUCGGCCCGGGAGCGCGAGAGCUUCAACCUCAAGAAGGCCCAGGAAGAUUUGUCCAGGCUACGUCGAAAACUGGAGAAGCAGAAGAAAGUGGAGGUGUACACAGAUGCGGAUGAGAUUUUGCAGGAAGAGAUCAAUCAGUACAAGGCAAAGCUGCGCUGCCCCUGCUGCAACACUCGAGACAAGGAGACAGUGUUGACCAAGUGCUUCCAUGUCUUCUGCUACGAGUGCCUUAAGACGCGCUACGACACGCGGCAGAGGAAGUGCCCCAAGUGCAAUGCUGCCUUUGGUGCCAACGACUUCCACCGCAUCUACAUCACUUAGGGAGGAGGUAGCCAGUGGGGAAGCAGUCAUCAUUCUGUGUACCAAUUUUGAGGAAAUACUUUGCUGUAUCUUGUACAAAAUGUGAGGGGUGAAUAGAGAAGGAGAGGCAGGUGGGUGUGAUGGUGUCUGAGUAACAUUGCAGUCAUAGGUAACACUGGUUUGGGCACUUUGUGAUGUGGACAGAGCAGACUGACCUGCUCGGAGUCAUCUCCACAGUGCUCUGCCGGUCUCACUAGAUCCCGAAAGCCUCCUGUGCUCAUUUUCCAGUGUGCUUCUGUUCAUCAGCUAAUUAUGCUGCCCAUUUGUGUUGCUAAGCAGAGUAAUACAUGCUUCAUGUCAGUAAUUAUGCACCUGUUAAGAUCAGAAAGUUAUGCCAUAUCAUUUUCCUCGUCUAAGCACCCAAAAUAAUCCUGGACCAGGAUAUUUACUGCUUUAUUGCCCUUGUUAUUGCUAUAAAUACAAUAAAAUUUUGCAUUUUCUAAUGAUAAAUCUUUGCUUUUGAACUGGAAUGUUUCAGGAAAGUUCAGAGUUCAUUUUUAGGUGUAACAAUAUAACUUUUACAUCAAUUGGAUUUUUUAGAAAUGCCGCCUUAGAGCGCUCCCUCCCAUCACAAAAUUACUCAUACUGUUUUUAACAUGGUUAUUAUGUGAUCUUCAGAAGAACAGUACUUUAUUAAAAACAUUAAAAUGAUUUUUCUUCAGUGAUUUACCAAAAAUGUGACACACUCCACACUGCUUGUGCAUCCCACAGCUCCUUGUAACUUCCUGUACUUUGCAUCAGUUGUCAUUGUGCAUUUAGAAUAAAACCGUUUAACCACUCUGAAAAA